UGGGCUCCAACUGCUGCAGCUAUGCAGGGCGCCACACCACCUGCAGGGAGUACUGCCAGGCCAUCUUCAGGACCGACUCCACCCCCACCGUGUCCCAGAUCAACGCCGUCAAAGAGUACUGUCAGAGCCACAGCCCCCAGCUGCUCAGCUGCGUCAGCAACUUCACCAAGUCCUACCCCAUACGCAGCCCCAUCGACAGUCUGUACUGCUGUGACCGGGCGGAGGCCACCCACUGUCAGGUAGCGUGCCGGCGGAUCCUUCGCACCAUGAGCACAGAGCACGAGAUCAUGGAGGGUCUGAUCAAUGAGUGCGGCUCCCAGCCCCUCCCUCAGGAGCCCAUGUGGCAGUGCUUUCUGGGCAGCGCCCACCCUCCCUCCCCGCCCGAAGAGGAGACCCCCCACCCCGCCAAGAUGGACUGCGCCAAGCUGCACUGCUGCUCCAAGGCGAACACCUCCCUCUGCAGGGACAUGUGCCAGGAGAUCAGCACCAACUGGGGCAGCCAGACAUGGCAGGACUUUGACCAGCUCUGUGAGUACAACCCAGUGGAGACGGAGCUCAUUAACUGCCUGGCCGACGUCAGAGAGCCCUGUCAGCUGGGCUGCAAGGACCUCACCUACUGCACCAACUUCAACAACAGGUCAGACUCCUGGAUGCUCGCCACGGUUGGACUGAUGUGUUUUCCAUGGUGGUAGCUCCUCUCUUUGUCAAAUGAUAUUUAGAUAUCUAGUCCUUCUCAUGUCAGUAGAAACACCUAUUCCAUUUGUAUGUUUAGAUCACACACCGUGAUCAUAACCGGCUCCAAAACAACACAAGUAGACAUGAUCAGGUUCUGUAGGGUCACAACAUUUAUUCUUUUUUACAUUUUCAUCAGCAACAACUAAAUUCAUCCUCCUCUAUUACCGGUUGCUUUUAGAAGCAAAUGAAUAAGAAGAGCAUAUUUGCAUCCGUAUUGUAAUAAAGGACGAUUGUUUUGUUGAGUUAUUCGGCAAAUUACCAAAGUAAAAGUCAAACAUUUAACAGUUGAUGUAAGCUACCAUUUUACAUUCACUUUUAACAUUAACAGUACUAGGAAUUAAAAUUUUGUGUUCAUUUGGGCGGUCCCGUGGACAAAAGCGGCAGCGUUUCACCAGAGAAAACACCAGAGUCCCUUUAGAAAACCUCUUGAUUUACUGCAGCAGGUUCUCACAGUCUGCCCCGCUCAG